AUGGCAUCUUUCAGGUUUCAAAUCUAUAUCUUGGCUUUAUGUGCAGGCCUUGUUAUUCAAAGCAGCUGCCAUGGCCAUUCUGGGCUUCAGAAAAAACAUGUAGCCCUGUUCAUCUUUGGUGAUUCACUCUAUGAUCCUGGAAAUAAUAACUACAUAAAUACCACAAAAGAUUUCCAGGCAAAUUGGUUGCCAUAUGGUGAAACAUUCUUCAGGUACCCAACUGGUAGAUUUUCUGAUGGGCGUUUAAUCCCAGAUUUCAUUGGUAAGAACCAUCUUGCAAUUUUCUUUCCAUAUGGAGAAACCUUCUUCAGUUACCCAACUGGUAGAUUCUCCGAUGGCCGUCUAAUCCCAGAUUUCAUUGCUGAGUAUGCAAAGUUGCCAUAUUCACCACCAUUUUUGCAGCCUGGGUUGAACAAUUAUACUUAUGGGGUGAACUUUGCAUCUGCUGGAGCUGGUUCUAUAGCUGAAACUCAUCAAGGAUAU